UGUAGUUAUCGAACCCAAUCAACUAUUUGUGUCUCUGAAAUUAUCAACAACAUCUGGUCAAGAAAGGUUCUGGUCGGACCCACAGACAUAUGGCUGUCCAAGGAGCCACAUAAAGAUGGAGAAAUGGAGGCACAGGGAAAUUAAGUAACUUCGCCUCAGUCCCAAGCUGGGGAGGACCAGGAAGAGAACGUAGAGGGACCCUGACUCCGGGCCUGUGUCCUGCCCACGGAGCCACGCUGCCUCCCUUCCUGGAAGAGAAGACGCCCCACAAGAUGGAGGUGGACGCCGAGGAGAAGCGUCAUCGCACACGGUCCAAAGGGGUUCGAGUUCCCGCGGAACCAGCUGUACAAGAGCUCUUCAGCUGUCCCACACCUGGCUGUGAUGGCAGUGGUCACGUCAGUGGCAAAUACGCAAGACACAGAAGCGUUUAUGGCUGCCCCUUGGCUAAAAAAAGAAAAACACAGGAUAAGCAGCCCCAAGAACCUGCUCCUAAGCGGAAGCCGUUUGCCGUGAAAGCCGACAGCUCCUCGGUGGAUGAGUGCUACGAGAGCGAGGGGUCGGAGGACGCGGACGAGAAGGAGGAGGACGAGGAGGAGGAGUUCUCGGAGGACGAGGACGAGCACAGGGAGGAGGACGAGGAGGAUGAGGAGGGGGACCGGGAGGAAGAAGAGGAGCUCGAGGAGGAGGAGGACGAUGACGAUGAGGACGGGGAGGAUGUGGAGGACGAGGAGGAAGAUGAGGAGGAGGACGAGGAGGAGGACGAGGAGGAGGAUGACAAUGAAGACCAUCCAAUGAGCUGUCACAAUACUCGAAUAAUGCAGGACACAGAGAAGGACGACAACAACAAUGAGGAGUACGACAAUUACGACGAGCUGGUGGCCAAGUCCUUGCUGAACCUUGGCAAGAUCGCCGAGGACGCGGCCUACCGUGCCAGGACGGAGUCGGAGAUGAACAGCAGCAGCUCCACCAGCCUGGAGGACGGCAGCGACCGGAACGAGACCCUGGGCCGGAAGAGCGAGCUGAGCCUGGACCUGGACAGCGACGUGGUGAGGGAGACGGUGGACUCGCUGAAGCUGCUGGCCCAGGGCCACGGGGUGGUGCUCUCGGAGAGCCUCGGCGACAGAGCGUACGCAGACUCCCUGUCGCAGCAGGACGGCAGGAACAUGAACUACGUGAUGCUGGGCAAGCCCGUGAACAACGGGCUCGUGGACAAGAUGGUGGAGGAGAGCGACGAGGAGGUAUGUCUGAGCAGCCUGGAGUGUCUCAGGAACCAGUGCUUCGACCUGGCACGGAAACUGAGCGAGACGAACCCACAGGACCGGGGCCAGCCGCAGAACAUGAACGUCCGCCAGCACGCCCGGCAAGAGGACGACUUCGCGGGCAGGACGCCGGACAGGAACUACUCCGACAUGAUGAACCUGAUGCGGCUCGAGGAGCAGCUGAGCCCCAGGUCUAGAACUUUCUCCAGCUGUGCCAAGGAGGACGGGUACCACGAACGAGACGACGACACCACCUCCGUGAACUCAGACAGGUCCGAGGAGGUGUUUGACAUGACCAAGGGAAACCUCACCCUCUUGGAGAAGGCCAUCGCUUUGGAAACAGAGAGAGCGAAGGCCAUGAGGGACAAGAUGGCGAUGGAGGCCGGAAGGCGGGACAAUGUGCGGUCGUAUGAGGAGCAGUCGCCGAGACCGCUUCCCGGGGAGGAGAGGAAGCCUAAGUCCAGUGACAGCCAUGUCAAAAAGCCAUACUAUGGUAAAGAUCCCUCGAGAGCAGAAAAGAAAGAGAGCAAGUGUCCCACCCCGGGGUGUGAUGGAACCGGCCACGUAACUGGGCUUUACCCACAUCACCGCAGUCUGUCCGGAUGCCCGCACAAAGAUAGGGUCCCUCCGGAAAUUCUUGCCAUGCAUGAGAAUGUUCUCAAGUGCCCCACUCCGGGCUGCACGGGGCGAGGGCAUGUAAAUAGCAACAGGAACUCGCACAGAAGCCUCUCCGGAUGCCCCAUUGCUGCUGCAGAGAAACUGGCAAAGGCCCAGGAAAAACACCAGAGCUGUGAUGUGUCCAAGUCCAACCAGGCCUCAGACCGAGUGCUAAGGCCCAUGUGCUUCGUCAAGCAGCUGGAGAUCCCUCACUACGGCUACCGGAACAGCGUGCCCACGGCCACGCCCCGCUCCAACCUCGCCAAAGAGCUGGAGAAAUAUUCCAAGACCUCGUUUGAGUACAACACUUACGACAGCCAUACUUACGGCAAGCGGGCCAUAGCUCCCAAGGUGCAAACCAGGGAUAUAUCCCCCAAAGGAUAUGAUGCAAAGCGCUACUGCAAGAACGCCAGCCCCAGCAGCAGCACCACCAGCAGCUACGCGCCCAGCAGCAGCAGCAACAUGAGCUGCGGGGGCGGCAGCAGCGCGAGCAGCACGUGCAGCAAGAGCAGCUUUGACUUCGCGCACGACAUGGAGGCGGCGCACAUGGCGGCCACGGCCAUCCUCAACCUGUCCACGCGCUGCCGCGAGAUGCCGCAGAACCUGUCCACCAAGCCGCAGGACCUGUGCGCCACGCGGAACCCUGACAUGGAGGUGGACGAGAAUGGGACUCUGGACCUCAGCAUGAACAAGCCACGGCCACGGGAGAGCUGCUGCCCUGUCCUGACGCCCCUGGAGCCCAUGUCCCCCCAACAGCAGGCAGUGAUGGGCAGCCGGUGCUUCCAGCUGGGAGAGGACGACUGCUGGGAGCUGCCUGUGGACUACACCAAGAUGAAGCCUCGCAGGGCGGACGGCGGUGACACUGCUGAGGUCCCUCCGGAAGACUUGGACCCGUUCCAGGAGGCUCUGGAGGAGAGAAGGUACCCGGGAGAGGUGACCAUCCCCAGCCCCAAGCCCAAGUACACCCAGUGCAAGGACAGCAAGAAGGACUUGAUAACAUGUCCAACACCAAGGUGUGAUGGGAGUGGUCAUGUGACUGGUAAUUACGCCUCACAUAGAAGUCUGUCGGGCUGUCCCCUCGCCGACAGAAGUAUCCGGAGCAUGCUGGCCACCAGCUCGCAAGAACUCAAGUGCCCCACCCCAGGCUGUGAUGGCUCCGGGCACAUCACCGGGAACUACGCCUCCCACCGGAGUCUUUCAGGUUGCCCGAGAGCAAAGAAAAGUGGCAUCAGGAUAGCCCAGAGCAAGGAAGACAAAGAGGACCAGGAGCCCAUCAGGUGUCCCGUUCCCGGGUGUGACGGUCAAGGCCACAUAACCGGGAAGUACGCCUCCCAUCGCAGCGCGUCGGGGUGCCCCUUGGCGGCCAAGAGACAGAAGGACGGGUACCUCAAUGGCUCACAGUUCUCCUGGAAGUCGGUCAAGACGGAGGGCAUGUCGUGCCCCACGCCGGGCUGUGACGGGUCAGGGCACGUCAGCGGUAGCUUCCUCACCCACCGGAGCUUGUCGGGCUGCCCACGAGCCACGUCGGCCAUGAAGAAGGCGAAGCUGUCGGGAGAGCAGAUGCUGACCAUCCGACAGCGGGCCAGCAGCGGCCUAGAGAAUGACGAGGAGAUCAAGCAGUUGGACGACGAAAUCAAGGAGCUGAGCGAGUCCAACUCCCAGAUGGAGGCCGACAUGAUCAAGCUGAGAACUCAGGUAACAAUCACCACGAUGGAGAGCAGCCUGAAGACCAUCGAGGAGGAAAACAAAGUGAUCGAGCAGCAGAAUGAGUCCCUUCUGCACGAGCUGGCCAACCUGAGCCAGUCCCUAAUUCAUAGUCUGGCUAAUAUCCAGCUGCCACACAUGGAUCCAAUCAAUGAACAAAAUUUUGAUGCGUACGUGACUACUUUGACGGACAUGUAUACAAAUCAAGACCGUUAUCAGAGCCCAGAAAAUAAAGCCCUUCUGGAAAACAUAAAGCACGCUGUCCGAGGAAUCCAGGUGUGAGCGUCUGCCACCGAGGCGGGGUCUUGCUCGCACGGGGCCCCC